AUGUCGUCGCCUGGUACCCAAACUGCGCUCCUCUUGACAGAAAUCGGCAAGCCCCUCGUCAAGUCCACCAUCCCCGUCGAGGAAGUCGAAGAGGGCCGUGUCCUGGUCAAAAAUACGGCGACAGGCCUCAUCCCAGCAGACUACAAGCUGCGCGACAACGGACUGGGAGGCAUGGCCGAGCAUCUCCCCAUUAUCGUCGGCUGCGAGAUUGCAGGCCGCGUCGUCACUGACACCGCUGACCUCCCCGCCGGCACCCGCGUGGUCUACCAGCCGCAGUUCAAGCUGAAGCUCUCCGGUGGUCUCCAGGAAUACGCCGUCGCCCGCCCGGACCUUGUCUUCCGCAUUCCAGACCACAUGUUGGACGAGGAGGCCGCCAACUUGGGAACCAACCCCUUCACAGCCGCCGUGGCCUUGUUCGACCCCGUCUUUGGCUUCGGGAUCCCCUUGCCCAACAGCCCCGAGGCCAAGACCUACGACUUCGCGUCCACCAAGGUCGUCAUCAUCGGCGGCACGGCCGUCGCCAGGUUCGCCGUCCAGCAGGCUCACCUCGCGGGCAUCGGCACCAUCAUCGCCAUCGCCUCGCCCAAGACCAACGCCGACCUGGCCUCGUACGGCGCCACGCUCGUCAUCGACCGCCACCUGGACCCGGACGAGAUCGCUGCCCAGGUCCGCGCUGCGGCGGGGGACGACCUGAGGUUUGUCUUUGAUACGUAUAGCACGGAGGACCCGGCGCUGGCGCGGUCCUUUUUCCACAAGCCUGGUGGGUUCCUGGUCAUGGCGUCCUCGCGGGGGCCACGGGACCAGGUGGCGCUGACGGCCAAAGGCAUCAUCGUCAAGGGAUUCCGGGCCUGGCUGGAGGGGUUUCCUGAGCUGAAUACAGCUUGGGUGGCGCUGUUUAAUGGCUGGUUGGCCGAUGGCAAGAUUAAGAUCCCUCCUUUCCAGGUCGUGCCCUUUGAGGCGGAUGCUGUGAAUGCGGCGUUGGACAAUUUGAAGAAGGCUGAGAGUGGUGUCAAGUAUGUUGUCAAGAUCGCGUCGUCUUAAAGGGAAAAGCGGCCCUUCUAGUAUGAUUACCGAGAAAAGAAAGGGGAUAGGUACGGAGGAUGACUUUAGGAGGGUGGGCAUCGCACUUUAAGAAGUGAAUAGGAUGUAAGCGCGUCGGAGCACCGUCAACGGGCCCCCUUUCUACCUGCUUCUUGUGGUUAGGAUAUGCAGUACUGGCGCCGACUGUUGAUCGCUGAAACAUGUUUAUCAACAUAACUGGCCUACCUUUUUAUAAUUCCAUGAAUAGCAUUAUGACAGG